GAUGGUCCGCGAGUUGUGGGGGGAAGGAAGGAAACGCCUCAGCCAAUGCAUUGGGAGGAAUAAAACCUGGUAAAAUCUCCAGUUGCAAGUGGAGGUGUUUCCAUGUUCUAAAGAAGUUGUUGGAUUCAUCAUUAGAAACAAAAAGUAAGCAAUGGAUGGCCAUAUCAGGAUCCGAAGCAGUCAUAGGAUGUCAAGGGUACCAGUGAGAAAGAGCUUUGGUGAGUGUUCAAUGCCUCCCAUGAAGGCAUUGUUGCAAAGUGAAAAAGAAUUAUGCACAGUAUCAGCAGAAGAGUUGAAGGCGGAGAAAGACAAUUUCAAUGAGGUCACAUUUCUGUGCUUUGCUGAUGAGACAGCUGUUGCUCCUAAGGAAUUGGCAGCCAUGUCUGUUGAGCUCCCAGAUCUUCUGAAAUCCCUCCAUUUGUGCACUUUACAUGAAAAUGAUGUCAUUUUCCUAAAGGAUAUUCAUAAACCAUUGGAGACCAGUGUUCUUAAGCAGAAGAAUUACCCCUCACGGAUUCUGUGUGUGAUGAAAUUGUCUCCAUCAUUCGCGAGACACGAAGUGGAUUCUUUAUUUACUUUACUGAGUAAAUAUGCUGCUGGUAUAAGAUGUACUGUGGAAAUACGCUCAUUGCAGAAGCACCUGUCUGUCAUACCCCAUGCUGAGGAUGAUGAUACUAAUCAGUCAGUGUCAUCAAUUGAGGAUGAUUUCGUUACUGCGUUAGAACAUUUAGAUGAAGAUGAGCCCACAAAAAUGAUAAACUCUGGCCAAGUUACACCUGAGAAACUUCAAGAUGCUGCUUUGCAGACCAUCUCUGUUCAACGUUUGGAAUCUCUUGAUCCAAAAUUUCAUUUUCUACAUCGGAAGCCGUCUGUCAAGUCAUCAACUUCUCUAGUUAACAUCUUGGAAUUAAAAGAAUUGUCUUCUGUAAGAAAUUCUGUCACAACUUCUGUUUCGGAUCCUUGGCUGCAGAGGAGUUUCUUCAGGCCACAGAAUUCUUCUGAUCAGAAUGUUAACGCUUUAUGUAAAACACUGUUUUCUUCCUCUCCUGCUGAAUCAUCAGAGUCAGAUUGUUCUAGCCCAAGCCCUAUUAUUUUCUUAGAUGAAGAAGGGUAUCAGAGAAGCCUAAAGGCAAAACUUCAGCUACCAAAAAUCCCAGUAAUGAAAGAUGGCAUAGAGGAUUCAGACUCUGAAGUAAGUGAAUUUUUCGAUAGCUUUGACCAAUUUGAUGAACAAGAACAAACCCUGGAGAGUGGUUGUAAACAUGCUAGGGGUCCUGUCCUUCAACAUCCAUCUCAUAUGAAAAUGAUUUCGCAUAAAAGGCCACGCUCUGCAACCGCUGCAAUGAAUCCUCAAAGGUUCAAGGUUGAUCAUCCCACUCUUCCAGCCAAUGUGAGGAAGCCAACGCCUCGCAAACCAGAAUCUCCAUAUAGCAACCUCUUGGAUGUUCCCGAUUCCCCCCGGCCAUUGAAAACAUCAGGGGAUGACAGUGGAGGCUUGUUCAGCCCUAUCAGAUCUUCAGCUUUCAGUCCAUUAGGCAGUUGUCUUUCAACAGAGUGUCCUUGUCAGUUGGGUGUCAGUAGAGAUGCCAUUAACCAAAAGCACAAUCUGGUUUGUCACCCAUACUCAGAUUUUGCAAAUAAUAUUUCCUUUGAAAUCUUAGGUUCGGUCUUUAAUUCCAGAUCUCCAUCAUCAUGUAGAUGCACACAGGAAUUUUCUAACAGUAAUAGGAUUGUCUCAAAAGAAGAAACAGCCCAGUCAGCAAAAACCCAAGGGGAAACUUCUGGAAAAGAAUUAGAAAGCAGACAAAAAUCUAAAUGCAAAUCACUAAAGAUUAAAGACCACAUCCAGAAAUUUGCAUCAGAGCUCGUUGAGAAGAGUUUUGGCAGUGCUUUUAAAGAUCUUCAGAAAGGUGUUUCUUCAUGUACUAAUGCACUCUGUCACUUGGCUGCAAAACUGACUUCUUCAAUCUUUCAAAUGGCUUUUUAUGAGAUUGGGAGGCAGCAAGCUUUUUCACUGAAGAAGAAAGCUAUUAAUGGACUAGCAGGCUUUUUGGUGAGUGAAGCGUUAACAGGUGCUUUAAAAGAGCUACAUUCUGUAAAGCAACAAAUAUUUACCAACACAGUUGCAAAAUUUGCAGCAAACCUGGCUGAGGAACUAAUUUUUGAGGGGAUCAUGGAAGUGUGCCAGUUUUCACACCCAUCAACUCCUACAACUUUUCAGAACUGGUCCUUCCAUUAUGAUGAUAAAGUUAUACAGUCAUAUUCCAAAGACUUGUCUGAGUCAGUUAUUCAGGAAGCUUUUAUUGAGUUAUCACAGGUUGAGGUGGCAUUUACAACACAAGCAGCUAUUAGUAUUUCCACGGACAAUAUAAAGUACAUAGGUGCAGAAAGUAGUUUGGAGUCAACACAGGCCUCCAAUGCUUCUUCUGAGUUUCAUGAUCAAGAACCAGUAGCCUUGAAUUCAAUACAGGAAUUCAGGGAGGAAUAUACUGUCCAUAAAGCUUUGUUCUGUACUUCUGGCAUUGCAAGUUCAAUCCCGGUGCCCUUAGCUGGAAGCAUACUUUGUCAAAAUCAGAUUUUAUUUAAUGACAUACAGGUAAGGAAACAUUCAGCGUCAACGGGCAGUCUGAAAUUUUAUAAAAAAUCAGCAGAGCGGUGUUGUGCAACACAAAAAAGACAAGAUGAAGUGACAUCAAUUAGAAAUGUUUACUUGAUGACAGAUAGCAGUCAGAACAGUGAAUAUAAUGCACAUAUUGUAUGUACACAAAGUGACUUUAAGCAAGCAAAUAGCCCUGAAGUCAGUAAAUUUUCAGACUUGACAACUAGGAUGCCAAGCGUCAGUAAUUUUUCUGGAACAAUGGUAGAUAUGAUUGUAACGGAGGCAUAUGAAGCAGUAACCUCUUCCAAGACAUCCAAAAAUGCAGAGCAAUACACAGAAAUACUAAAAUUGGAUAAAACGUCAUAUUUGCCAUGCAUUGGUGAAGAUGCCUGUGAGAAUAUGUUUGCAAAUUAUUUAGCCAAGCGAAUAGUGAAACAGUCUGUAGAUGAAACUAAAUCUGCAUGUUCUGUUACCGGUGAGAAAUUAGCAUACUGUGUGGGAUUGGGAACCAGUAAAAAAAGCAAUAGGAAAGAAUUGCAUAGUGCAAUAAAACCAUCAGAAACAAACAAAAGUAUUCCAGUAAUUGUAGGGCAGCAGCAGAUGCCCUUGAACAGCUCAUCUAGAUUUCAUGUAUCGCCAGUUUACUCUAAUAGGUGUCUGCUUUCAGGGUCUAAGGAUGGCAUUCAGGGGAAAAAGAGACAUGUGGGUUGCAGGACUUCCACAUCAACGUCAUCUCCUUGUUCUGCAGUGACUUUUGUGAAACCUGCUGAAGAGUUUCCAGAUGCAGAAAGCUGUUCAGCAAAAUCCUUAAGCAGCCCGCUGGGAAAACACAACACAUACAAAUCAGCCGGGCACUCUGCGCUCUGCUCUACAUUUGGUCCUGAAAGAACUUUUCCUAGCAUUAAUGCCUUCACUUCUGUGGCAACUAACGGUGAAGAUGCAUUUCAGAUGGAAGACAAAUUGAGUAUCCGAGAUGAAACUCCUUGUGUCCUACCAGACACACCUCCACCAACACCUUUAAUAGCAACUCAAACGAGUUCAGAGUGGAAUUUAAGAAAGCUAUCAAAGAAACUGAAAGGUGAACUAGCAAAGGAGUUUGCACCCGCGACACCCCCUUCUACCCCUUACCGAUCAGAAACCGGUGGAGUAUAUGAAAAUGAACGUCAUGACUUAGAAAAGGAAGAGUUCAUGUUGAAACUGAUGCGGUCUCUCUCUGAGGAAGUUGAAAGCAGCGAAGAUGAAGAGCAUUGGCUUGUAGCAUUGGACGAGAGAACGAAAGCAUCAGGAAGGACAACCGAAUAUGCCGAUCAUCUAGCCACUCACAUAAUUGCUGUGGCAACCGAAAUGGCUGCUUCACAUUUAGAUUAUAAAGCGGUUCAAAUGGAGAAUAAUAAAUGCUUUCAAAUAAGUGCGGAAAAUAAAAGAUGUGGGCAUAGUGGAUUUGUGAAUGUUUCAGAAGCCAGCCUACAUUCGUUGUUGGUUUAUGCUGGUAAUAUGGCUGGAAAGGUCAUUAGUGAAGCUAAGAAAAUAGUUGAAUCCAAACAUUGCACGCUUCUAAGGCUGAAGCAAGUGAACUGCGGGGCGGAUGGCGUUCGUCCCAAAAUAAACACUCAUAAAUGCUGGUCCAAAGACAUGAGGUGUCCCUGGGCAGACCAGGGGUCUCAAGAGACAGACUCUUCUAUACUCUCUCUACCCCAGCACCCAGAAACUCCAGGUCUGACCUCCAAAUAUCCAAGUUGUGAGAGUGUAACUGAUGAAUAUGCAGAUCACAUCAUUCGUAUUCUGAAAAGAGAAGGUGGCCACAGUGAACUGAUAAUGGAUCAGUUUGCCAGUAGACUUGCUUACAGAUCUAUAAAAUCUGGAAUGCAGGAAGCUGCUGGGAAACUCAGGAUGAAGUAUAAAAGUAAAAUAGCUCCCUCCGAGGGCUCAAAGGUAAACAGUAAGGCUGAUCCGGGUGUGGAUGGAAAGAAACAGAAAAAAGGGAACAUUUGUCAUUUGGGGCAGCAAGCCUGUGGAAACAAAUGUAGCACACACAGAACUGAAUGUACAAAGUUGCUAGAUUUUUCAGAAUCCCUUGCUGGUAGCAUAACAUCUGAUGUCAGAAGAAAAAUAAUGAGAGGAGCUUGUCUGUCAAAAUCUUUAACUGAUUCCUGUUUGUAUAAAAAAUCUAAGAAUGAUCAAGUCACUGAUCUUAAAGCAACAUUUUCUAAAGCACUUUCUCCUUUCUGUUGCAAACAAAAGCUUUAUCAUAGUACAGGCAGUUUAAAUGAACCUACCUACAGAAAUGGCAUUAUUCAUGCCAUUGAACAGUAUGCUAGGAAGGUAGUAGAUGACACUUUAGAAGCUAGCUUGGAAUCUGCUACGCUGCAAACUACUGAAAACUGGACAAAUGGAGACAGAACAACAUAUGCAGAAAAGUUGUCUCCAUUUUCUGCAACAGCCUGCAGAUACUGUAGUAUGAAGGAGCAUCAAUACUCUGCUGGAAGUUCAUCUUUGCAGCUGACUCGGCAAGAACUCCACUCUCAAGUUCAUCAGGUUCCCAGAAUAAGUGGAAUCUGUCCUAAAUCUCGCAUUCUUCACCUGGAUAUCCCAAAAAUUCAUAUUAAUAUGGAUGAGAAGGUAGUAUUUGCUGAAAAUGUGGUUGCUACAGUUUUUGACAAAGCAGAAAGGCAGGUUAGCCACACAAGUUUGACAGCGGAUAGUGGAAUUGGCCAGGAUGGAGUCAGCUUUGCUGAAAGCCUCACUACAGAAAUAAUGACUUCCUGUAUGACAAACAUUAGUCCACCAGCCAACAUAAGCUCUGUGGGAAAAGAAGGGUUUAAUUCUGCUGAAUCCAUAGUCAGCCAGCAGAUGAGUCUCAGCACUGGUGAUGACAGCACUGGCAGCUGGUCCAACCUGAGUUUUGAAGAUGAGCAACCUGAUGAGAAUAGCAGCUUUCUCCACCUCAGUGAUAGUAAUGGUAACAGCAGUAGCUGGAGCAGUCUUGGUUUAGAAGGAGAUAUGUAUGAGGAGAAUUUAUCCUUUCCAACAUCAGACAGUGAUGGAACAGAAGACAAAGAGGAAGAGCUUAAAGAUACAAUUGAAGGGUUGGGAAACAUAGGAAAGGCAUUGGUAAUCAUAAAUGUUGACAUAGGGCCAUGCCUGGUGGACUCCCAGCUGAGAAUGGCCCUGCAGUGGUUGACAGCUUCCGAAGCAGAGGUGGCCGAGCUGCAUUUCCAUGACGGUGUUCCAAAGGAGUUUGUUCUUCUUUCAAAGAAACUGCAAGAGAGAGGCUGGAAAGUGGGAGACCUCUUUCAAGCAGUGCUGAAGUACUGUGAAGUAAUGGAGAAAGCUGCUGAUGGGGAGAGAGCUCUAGGCAGCAAAACCUUUUUUGGGUGGCUUCAGGAACAUGUCUGAAUGCCAUAUGAGAAGAUGCGCUGAUUUCUUCAUGCCUCCUUUGGGAAGAAGGAAAUGUGUAUCGUAUACUUUAAUUAGCAAAUGUACUAUUUGUAUUGUGAUAAGCUUUGGGUUGAAAGUGAGCAUAGCUGUCCUGUCAGGUGCUUUGAGAUGCUCUGUAUGCUUUUUAGCCCAUCUUUUUAUCUUCAUCAUAAGCCCCUCCAUUCAGCCGGUGUGUGUGCACUUCUGGCUAGGCUGUGUUUUGCCUGCAGCAGCAGUGAGAAGGAUGAGCUUUUGUGUGUUGUGUGUAAUAAGGGUUUCAGCUAAACCAGGGCAAAAAAACCAGUUAUACCUCGCUCCUCCUACUUGCCUCUUUCUUUGUGUCCUUUUCCUCUUAACAAGCUCCAAGAGGUAUUCAGAGUCCACUUGCAGUUUGCUUUUGCCACUUUCCCCAGAGCAAAGCAAGACUGCGUUGAUAUCUGCUGCCUCUAAGGCCUAGCUGAACAUGCAAGCAGAAUAGGAGGGUCUGCUCACUCUGACCUGUGAAGACUCUGGUGGAAGCUUGCAUUCCUUGUAAAUUGACUUCUCUUAGCAGCUAGAGAGAGCUGAGAGCAUGCGUUCAGAUGUGUGCUCUCAUUAUAUUUUGAUAUCUUUUUUGAUAUCUAUGAAAAGUUCUAUUUAAAUAAAAUGACCCCCCCCCCAGUUUGUAUGUGAAACAAAUAUGUGCAAAGAAAAAUAAGUGGGUUAUUCUUAAAUGCCUCCCAAUAAAGUAUGACAGUAGCAUCAAAUGCACAAAAAUUGUUAGCCUACCAACAGCUGGAUUUUUGUAGUUUAUGAGGGGGUGUCAGGAAGCAUCUUUGACUUUUGAUCUCUGAAGUACUGUCCCAGGACCAAUGUUGCAUCUUUAUAAAGCAAGUUAAAUUUGUGACAGUUUGUGACAACAGUUGCUUGUGUUGAAGUAGAUUGAACACUGCCUGUAAGAAAAAUUGGCAUUAGUGUUGCACAGCCAUUUUAAUAUACUCACUUUGGAGAUGGAAUGACAAGGUCUGUCCACAUGCGGAACAUUUCUGUGCUGUAGCAGGGUCGGGGCCAUACUUCCAGCUCUGCCCCAAAUGCAUUGCCUCCUUCCUUUGACAGUCGUCUAUUGAGUCUGCUAAGGAAUGCUAACGUCCAAGAAGCCUUUGCAGAGAACCAGGUUCAGCAUGGGAAUGUUGAAGGAAGGGCAUUGGGAGGGGGGCUAAAAUGUUGCCACACCCCUGCUUCAACAUAGGAAUGUCCUACAGGCAAGCAAUGUGUGAAUAAGACAAUAGGUUAGAAAGAAUGGGUUUCUUCACAAUUGCAGUCUGGGACAGGUUGACAUAGUUUUGACACUGAGAUGGGUGGAGCUUUGCCCUCAAUCCAUAUCAGUGCUUAAUCUUAGGACAGCCACUGCCCUGUGUUACCCUUGGCUGGAGGGCAGCAGUACGGCUUUGGUGUUGUACUCCAGCAAAAACAGAGGAGAUCUUUGAUUAUCAAAUCCCAAAGGAGGGCCGAUGGAAGCAAAAGUCUGCUUGCUGCUCCUCCCCUAUGACUUCAGCUUCAUUCAGGUUAUGGCACCUCAAGUAAAAAUGCAUUUCCCGUGUUUCAUUGAGCAUUGCUUCUCUCAAUAUUAUUUUAGCAUGCUUCUGGUCACCUUUUUCACUUUCGUUUUGAGACGUCUUUGUACAUUCCUGUUAAAGCUGAAGUUGUAUUUUAGGCUGUUAUUGUCUGUUGUAACGUUGAGUAUUUUUUCAUGCCAAGCGUUUAUGAAUAGUUGGGAAUGCAGCUGAUUGGAUCAGUUAUGCAGAGUUAGGGCAACUCGCAGCCUGGUUUGAUCUUGAGGCAGUUUACUUCAAAGGAAAUUCUACCGAAGUCCAAGUAAAUGUGUUUAGGAUCGUGGUAUCAGUUGGCCAUUGAUAAAGGCAGUCAAUGAAUUUUGACUUUUUGCACUUUUUGCAUCUUGAGGCCUCAAUUUGAAGAGCAGCCUCCCUCUGUUGACCCCCUUUUAAACCCCUAACAGCUUUGUACUGUGAAAUCUGUGGCUGCUUGAGGGGUGGGAAACAGCUCCUAGCCCAGCGAUCACAGUGAAGGUGGCCGAGGCAUCAGUCCCCGAACCCCCUUCUCCACAGUACUGUUGCACUUGAGCCUAAUGGUUUCUUUGCUGCACACCUUGGUGUGGCACAGAUCUUGUGCCUGUAAAAGGCAAGUUGACAUUCUUCAGUUUCCCAUGGCACACACUUGCAGGGCCAGAAACCUCGCCUGCUCAGUUUUUCUCCUGGACUACAGCUUGAAGGCACAGAAGCUGUAGUGAGGAGUGGAUGACAACUAGAAGCAGUGCUGUAGAACAGCUGGGAAAGGGACAUUGCUGCCUUCCUCCUGGGACUCUGAAACCUACUUAAGUCGCUCACAUACCUCCAAAUGAGAAAGCUGGGGAUUAAGGAGCCUCGGAAGCACCACCCGUGUGAAAGAUACCUUGGAAAAGGAACUCUUCAUCCUCUCCAAGAUUCUUCACAGUCUGGUGUUUCUGAGAAGAGCUACAGGACUUGAGGUCUACAUCACCCCAAAACCCAGCUGAAGUGAAGGUUAAAGCCCUGGUUUUCACCUAGUCUGAACAGCAAGCAAAAGGUGCUUUGCCGCAGCUGCAUUUUGCUUAGUACUUAGGGUUGCUUUCCUACGUUUUUCCUACGUGGAGAACACAGAAAUGUGGUUUCCUUGUCUUCCCAGGACGUGUCAGAUACAUGUGUGAAUGAUGGCCGCGUGUGUAAACUGCAUAUACUUUUCACACUUCUUCCUGCACUGAAGUGCUUUCGGUCCAGGAAAUGCGUAACAUGCAGCUAAAAAGCAAUUUGAAUAAUUAACAGUUGUUUAUAUCUCUGUGUAGCGAAUGAAGCAAACAAGAUCUUUCCCUGUGUAAUGACGACUUUUUGUUUUUUUGUUUUUUGAAAUGUGGUAAUACACUUAGUUGUGAGAUGUGAAUUUCAAGUUGCACUAACCUCGUCUUUGUUGAAGCAGUCUCUUAAAAUAAAUUAUAUAUAAACAUA